GGAAAUUUACUGUUUAAAUGAUAUUUGUCAUGAUAACAAUAUGGAAUACAUUUUUUAAAAUCCAAAAGCAAUCGUUGAUCCUGAUCAUUAUUUGAAUAACAAGAAAUUCAUCGCCUCAAAGACGAAUAUUAUUUUCUUUUUCUCUUCAAAAAUAAGACAUAAACAUAAUAAUUCUUAAUCAGCUAAUGAAUUACACAUUUGCUAGUAUUUUUCCACCAUUCACAACAAGUAUCAUAGCACUAUUAGCAACAAUAAUAUCAACUGCUACACUUGGUGGUAAUAUUGUAGUAUUAAUUGCAUUUUUUAUUGAACGUUCAUUACGUAUACCAAGUAAUUAUUUUAUAGCAUCAUUAGCUAUGACUGAUGUAUUAAUUGGAUUAUUUUCUAUGAAUUUAUUUAUUACAUAUCAAUUACUUGGUUAUUGGCCAUUAGGUCAUUUAAUUUGUGAUUUAUGGUUAUCAUUAGAUUUUUCAGCAUGUUUAACAAGUCAAUACACGGUAUUUUUAAUUACAUUAGAUAGAUUUUGUUUAGUGAAAAUACCAGCAAAAUAUCGUAAUUGGAGAACAUAUAAUAAGGUACGAAUAAUGAUUUGUAUAAGUUGGAUAUUUCCAGCAACAUUAUUCACAUUACUUAUAUUUGGUUGGUCCUAUAUAACUGGUGAAAAACAACGUGAAUUAACUAAAUGUGAUGUAUCAUUUACAUAUUAUCCUAUAUUUAAUACAACAUUAACUGUGGGAUAUUUUUGGAUAACAUUAAUUAUAAUGUGUAGUUUAUAUGUUGGUAUUUAUAAAGUAGCACAUAGAUUACAAAAAAAAUCAUUAGAAAGUAGUAAACGUUUAGUACAAUUUUUAACAAAAAUUGAUCAAGAUUCAAUACAUUCACAAAGUAAUCAAGAUUCAAUAGAUGAUGGAGAUAAUCAUGAUCAUGAUAAUAAUCGUACUAUUCCAGGAAGGCAUUCAAAAUCUAAAUUUGUUCAAGACAAUAUUCAACAACGUCGUGAAAGAACAAAUAAACAUUAUUGUUAUGAAACUAGAUCAAGUUAUAAUAAAUCAUUGGAAAAUUUUAAUUUAACAUCAAAUAGAAAAUCGAAAUAUAAUCAAACUCAACAGAAUUCAUUGACAGUGACCAGUGAGAAUCAACGUAAUUCAAAAAGUAACUAUCCUAUAAAUAAAUGUCAUUUAGAAUAUGGAAGUGAAACUAGUGGUUGUUCAACUUUUUAUCCAACAAAUAACAAUAGUACUGAAAGUAAAACUCAAUUAUCAUCAAUCAUUGAAAAGUCUCAAUUAUUAUCAAACACAGAUAUAUCAAAAAAAUAUGAAGAUUCAAACAUUAAAAUUUCUAAAGAUGAAUCUUUAUCUUCUAUAUCUGAUGAAAAUUUCUCAUUACCAUCGGUAAAUUUUUAUGUACCCUCUCCAAAAGUUCCAAUAUCUUCACCAAUUCAAAAUAGUCAAUCAACUUCUUCGAAAUAUAUAGAAUCAGAUGAUAGUUCACCAGUAUGGAUUAAAAAAGAUGCUUGUUAUGAUUCUGGUUUAAAUUUAUAUGUAUAUGAUAUAUGUCCACAAUUAAUGAAAUGUCAUACAUUGAUUCAUGAAGGAGGAAAUAUUUGUCAAAAUGCUAUUUGUUUAUCUGAUUCAACCUCUUGGAAUCAAUGUAUACAAUCAUGUUGUCUGUUGGAAAAAUGUGAAUAUUCAGAUUAUACAACAUCAACUGAUAAUCCUAGUUCAACAUAUUAUAAUCAAUCAACAAUGAAUGAUUAUUGGUGUUUACGUUUUAUGGAUAAAUGGAAUAAAUCUAAACAAAAUCAAACUAUGAAAUCAUCUUGUAUAUACGAUCCAUCAAUGAAACAUAAUUCCGUACUAUGGUAUAAAUCACAUGAUAAAUCAUAUUUAACUGAACUUCCAAGUAAAUCUAAUAUUAAUCCUAAUCGGGAAAUAUGUCCAUUAUGCCAAAUAAAUAAAGAUAAUAAUGACAAUAUUGUUCGGCAAAGUAAAUCAAAACAAAACCCUAGUUUACAUAGGAUCAUAAAACAGAUCAAGUUAAGAGUUCAACAUUGUUGUUGUUGUUGUUGUAUUCUACCAUUAAAACAUAUAAAUAUCUCAUUAAAUAAUAAUAAUAAUAAUAAUCCAACUCAAUAUCAAUCAAGUAGUACAACUAAUAGUAAAAUAAUACGUAGUAAUGAUAAUAGUGAUAAUGAUUAUAUAAUCACUGAAUAUAAUCAAUUCAAAACAAAACAUAACAAAUUAUCAUUAAAAGAUAAAUAUAAACAACAAAAUCAACAAUCAGAAUAUCAAAAAUCAAUAAUCAAUAAAAGGCAAACAACAUUUUCAAUAUUUCAAUCAUUAUCUAAUAUUGAUAUGCAAAAUCGUAAACAUGCAUGUAAAGCAUUAAAAACAAUAAGUCUUAUAUUAGGUGCAUUUAUAUUCUGUUGGACACCAUAUCAUAUUAUUGUAUUAAUUAAGGGGUUUUGUGAUGAUAUUAAUACUUAUACAAGUUGUGUUAAUAUACAUUUAUAUAAUUUAUCAUAUUGGUUAUGUUAUAUGAAUUCACCAAUUAAUCCAUUUUGUUAUGCAUUAUCAAAUAUAUCAUUUAGGCGAACAUUUUUUCGUAUAUUAAAAUGUGAUUUUCAAAAAAGAUAAACAAAAAAUUAAUGAUUCCCAUUGUGAAAAAUUAGAAUAGAAUACAUGUAAGUGAACAAUUAUUGUCAAUUAGAUAAUCAUCAUCAUCAUCAUCAUCAUCAUCAUCAUCAUCAUCAUCAUCAUCAUCAUCAUCAUCAGGGCUUUACUAUAAGCCAUAGAAAUUUUUACAUUCCACUCUUAAUUUAUAUGUACAGAAGAUAUAUAUGUAACCCCACCCCUAUCCCUUCCAUGGCCGGAUAUAACUUAACAAAUGACAUUAUUAUAAUUAUCGUGGAUCAGUUGAAGUUAGACAUUAACACCGUUGGAUGUCGACCAGCUCAGUGGUCUAUCGGUUAAGGGCACUGGCUCGAGACUGGUAGGUCUUGGGUUCGAAUCUCGCGAGUGCGGGUUCGUGGAUGCGCACUGUUGAGGAGUCCCAUAAUAGGACGAAAUCGGCUGUCCAGUGUUUCCAUGGUGGUCUGGUUUCAAUUGACUCAUGCUUUCAAUUAUUAUUAUUUGUAAAUUUUAUUUUUAUUAUCUUAAUUUUGUUUGUAAUUUUUUAUCACUUUCCAUUUGUAUUCAUCACUAUGUAAUUAUUUACAUACUUCUUAUUACGUAAUGAUUUUAAUGUUCUAGUCUAUUUACCCACAUUUGACCUCUUAUUUUUCAAUGCUUAAUUAUUGAUAAGACUUUUGUUAUCAUAAUUCAAUAUUCUUACUACUAUCAGUACACUUGUCUUCCCAAUAUCAACUUGUACUUUUAACUAAUUAGGCUUGGUGACGUAUUCUAUUUCAUUGUGAAAGUUUUUCAAUCAAUAUUGUUUAUGUAUUUUGCAUAUUGUUUUUCUUUUUCAGUUUUUUUUGUAAUGCUAUCAUAAACCAGCUAUUGAUAUUUGUCAAUCUCUGUUAUAGACUAAUUAUAUUGACUAUUAUCAAUAUAUUAAAACAAAACAAUAUAUUUAG